UCCUGUUAAGUCUGUGGUCAAAGUGCAAGUUGAUAUAAGAGACAAUUGAUAAUAUACAGUCUACAGUUUGUAGUUGCGUUUUUGACAACAAAGCGAAUAGAAGUAUUUAUGUCGAUAUAUUUGUUUUGUUACUAACUAUAUUUAGAUAUAUUAACAACGCAAAUUGUUUAAAAGUGUUUUCGACGCAAAUCUGUGUUCAAAAUGAAGGUUUACGCCUUUUUAAUAUUACUAACUGGUUUAGCUUGUGUUUGUGGGGUAUUUGUUCCUCCUCGACAAGUACAUAAAAAACAACUUUUAGGAAGUAAAGAAUGUACUUGGGGACCCGCAUAUUGGUGUAAAAAUUUAACAGCCGCAGCGGAUUGCCAUGCUGUUAAACAUUGCAUACAAACCGAUUGGAUCCAUAGAUCCGUAGAACCAGAUCAAAGCAGCGUAUGUCAAAUUUGUUUGGACAUGGUGAAACAAGCUAGAGAUCAAUUGGAAAGUAACGAAACUCAAGAAUUGAUAAAGGAAGUGUUCGAAGGGACUUGCGCUCUAAUUCACAUCAAACCGAUUGUUAAAGAAUGCGAUAAAAUAGCCGAUAACUACAUACCUGAACUAGUAGAUACUUUGGCUUCAGAAAUGAAUCCUCAAGUAGUUUGUUCGGUAGCUGGUCUUUGUAACAACGAAAAAAUUAAAAAAACGUUGGAAAAAGAACAUUUUAAUAAUGAAGAAUCAACUGUUGAGUUAGAUAAAUGUCAGGGGUGUCAUAAGGUGGUUGAUAUUUUGGAAGAUAAGUUCAAUAAAGUAUCCAGGGAUGAUUUUCUGCAAUAUUUAUUACAGUUUUGCGGUAAUAAAUUUGGUAGUUUUUCCGAUAGUUGCAGUAACAUUGUUAUUACUUAUUUCACCGAAAUCUACAACCAUCUUCAGGAAAAUUUGAAUUCAAAUGAAGUUUGUUUAAUGUCGGGAGAAUGUAGUUCAAAUUUCCAUUCACAUAGAGCCAGGGUUGAAAUAACCCCCAAUUCGCAUAUAGGUGGCGUUAAAGAUGAUUUACCGUGCGAACUUUGCGAACAACUCGUUGAACAUCUCAGAGAUUUAUUAGUGGCUAAUACAACUGAAGACGAAUUCAAACGAGUUCUAGAAGGUUUGUGUAAACAAACUAAGAAAUUUUCUUCGGAAUGCGUCGAUUUGGUGGAUCAGUAUUAUCCUGAAGUUUAUUCGUUUUUGGUAAAUCACUUGAAUUCCACUGAAGUAUGUCAAGAUAUCGGAAUAUGUAAAAUAACUGAUAACGAGUUGAGUAGCUUGUUAGCGCCUCUUUUGACGCCGGACAGUGUCCAAAAGGUUGAAGAAAUCACCGGUGACAAAAAACCUUUGAUACAUAUCAAAGUUGAAUCCGGUAAAACCAACGGUGAAGCUCUAUCCGAAGUAAACGUCGAACAACCGUUACCUAUUGAUUUAUUGAUGCCACCUCACACUCAAAUUCUAUAUAACAAAGAAGUUUGUGCUUUUUGCGAAUUAUUUUUGCAUUACGUACAAAAUUCCAUUACGGAACCAAAAACUGAGGAAAAAAUAAAAGAAGUAAUAGAAAAAGCUUGUAACGAAUUACCAUCAACAGUAAACGAAACUUGUAUAGAGUUUGUAAAAGAUUACGAACCAGCUCUGGUAGCGAUAUUAGUACAAGAAAUCGACCCUUCGACAGUUUGUCCCAUGAUUAAAGUAUGUCCUGGUUCCAAAAACGACGUCGAGAUAUUCAUGGAAGCCAAAGGGGAUUCAAAAUGCCCUAUGUGUCUCGUUAUAGUUACCCAAUUAGAAUCCGUAUUAUCGAAUAACAAAACUGAGGAGGAAAUCGUUAAACAACUGGAAAAAGUAUGUAAGAUGUUACCUAAAAGUUUAGGAAGCGAAUGCGAUGAUUUCGUACAAACUUAUACGGAACGUGUAGUCGAGAUGUUGCUGAGUGAUUUUACACCGCAGGAAGUUUGUGUAGCUCUACAUCUCUGUACAGAUUCGACACCUGCUAGCGAUUUACCGAAAUUCGUCGUCAAACAAACCGGUGGAAAUAUCGAAACAAACGUUAUACCGGAUAACACGAUCAACGGUCACUUUAUACAAAACAAAAUAGAAUCGAAUCCGAAAUGUUUGAUAUGCGAAUUUGUAAUGAAAGAAAUCGAUGAUCAACUUAAAGAUAAACAUACAGACGAAGAUAUUGAAAAUAUAGUGAAAAGUAUAUGCGACGUAAUGCCGGGUUCAGUUCGUGAAGAAUGCGUCGCUUUCGUUGAUCAAUACGCAGAUACUGUAAUACAAUUAUUAAUAGCAGCUUUAGAACCUUCCGAUAUAUGUACUUACAUGGGAUUGUGUAACGGGAAUAAACUUCCGUCUGUAAAAGUUAAAAUAUUAGAAUGUCCGAUUUGUGAAAUGAUGGUAAAAGUUAUGGAAAAAAUUUUGUCGAAUCCUAAAGUAGAUCACGACAUCGAACACGUAUUGGAAAAAACUUGUAGAGGAUUACCUUCUAAAUAUAGUAACGAAUGCGUUGAAAUUGUGGAUACUUACGGCGCUAUGAUAAUCGACAUGAUUGUCCACGGAGCAGGUGAUAAAGUGUGUACUGAAUUGGGGUACUGCAAAUCGCUUUAUACUCAAGUUAUCAUCGAUUAAAUAUAAACUUUUUCGAUCAAUUUUCUUUUUUCUUUUUCUUUGGAUUAUUGAUAAUUUUGAUUAUGUGAGUUAUCUUGGAAAGUUUGUAAUAAAAGAUUGUUACCUAAAGUAUAGAAUAAUUACAUUUUCGUUAAGUGGAGAUUAAAAUAGAAAUAAAUUUCUUAUUAAAUCGGGAUUCUGUGAUAGCGCUGUAUAAUUUGUAGAAUCUAAUAAAAACGCUUUAAUAUAA